CCGAGUUUCAGCCUAACCUAAACUCGCCGCCUGAGAACUGGCCCGAGACGACCCUGGGCACCUUGCACGUUGUUUUGACGUUUCACUUGGAACAACGUAGUUUGUAGAGAAUAUGCUGCAUCUGAAGCAGUUUGGAGCUCGGUUGGCCAGCACGUCGGCAGCUUCGGGAUCGACCAAGGCGGGAAAGUUACUAGAUCCGAUAAUAAGGGUAGAUCAUGCUGGAGAAUUAGGAGCUGAUAGAAUAUACGCUGGGCAAAUGGCCGUUUUAGGUAGAACACCCGUCGGUCCAACCAUUCAACAUAUGUGGGACCAAGAGAAGAGACAUCGCGCCAAGUUCGAGGAGCUAAUUCGAAAGUAUCGCGUAAGGCCCACCGUUUUGACACCCGUUUGGAACGUUGCCGGUUUCGUUCUUGGCGCUGGUACCGCGCUCAUGGGGGAAAAGGCAGCCAUGGCGUGCACCGUGGCCGUCGAGACCGUGAUCACGGAACAUUACAACGAUCAGCUGCGUAGUUUAAUGGAAACCGACGUAAACGUGGACGAGGAAAUACUACAGACGAUCAAACAAUUCCGCGACGAAGAGCAAGAGCAUCACGACACGGGCAUAGAUCAUGGCGCGGAGCAAGCGCCAUUCUACAGCGCUCUAACCAACGUUAUUAAAUUUGGCUGUAAAACCGCUAUAUCGAUAUCCAAAGUUAUAUAA